GAAGGGCUAGUCGUUGGCGGCCGCAGCCAUGGAUCGCGGGGAGGAACCUCUGUCCGCGAGGCCGGCGCUGGAGACCGAGAGCCUGCGAUUCCUGCACGUCACAGUGGGCUCCCUGCUGGCCAGCUAUGGCUGGUACAUCCUCUUCAGCUGCGUCCUUCUCUACAUUGUCAUCCAGAAGCUCUCCCUGCGACUGAGGGCUUUAAGGCAGAGGCAGCUGGACCAAGCUGAGGCUGUUCUGGAGCCUGAUGUUGUUGUUAAGCGACAAGAGGCUUUAGCAGCUGCUCGUUUGAGAAUGCAGGAAGAUCUGAAUGCCCAAGUUGAAAAACAUAAGGAAAAACUAAGACAGCUUGAAGAAGAGAAAAGGAGACAGAAGAUUGAAAUGUGGGACAGCAUGCAAGAAGGCAGAAGUUACAAAAGAAACUCAGGAAGGCCUCAGGAAGAAGAUGGUCCUGGACCUUCUACUUCAUCGGUCAUCCCCAAAGGAAAAUCUGACAAAAAGCCUUUACGGGGAGGUGGUUAUAACCCUCUGACAGGUGAAGGGGGUGGAACCUGCUCCUGGAGACCUGGACGCAGGGGCCCAUCAUCUGGUGGAUGAAGCUAAGACUCUUGUUAGUGUCGCUUUGACAUUAGCAAGGUGAACCCUUAACCCUCAACUCAAUUGCCUUACGCACACUUUCACAGUGACUGGCCAAGGAGAGGUAGGGCUGAUUUCUGUUCUGAACACCUCAUAUUUUAAGGGCUUUGGUCAUAGACAUUGCCACUAGGCCACACUCUAGACGAGACAGCUAUUGGUUUUGUGGCCACUUGCUAGUCAGUAGGUUGGAGGCUUCUUGCUGUUUCUCAGACUUCAUCGAGGAGGCCCAGUGAUGGCCCUUUGGGGCAGAAGUCCUUGAUGACAGACAGGGUGGUCUCUGUGACAGGAUGCGUUGAAUGAUGUCUUCCUUAUAAAUGGUGAGCCCACCAGUGAGGAUUACUGAUGUACACAGUUGAUGGGGUUUGCUUCUGUAUAUUUAUUUUAUGUACAGAACUUUGUAAAAAAAAAAAAGUUAACUACUUAAAAAGUAACAUUUUUAGCAUCUUUAUUAAACUCAAGGAAAUUUCUUUGUGAGCUUGACUUUGUCAGACAGUAAACAGCUUUUUAUCAGU